GAUCUUUAUGAGAGGCCCAAAGCCAAUUGCAAUUUCUCUGUGGAGGCUGAUUACUAUCACCUGUGAAAGAGAGUGGACCAUAUUAGUUCGGAUAGAAGUGUUCUGUGUCUGCUAUUUGUUUGCUUUCAAUCAUGCUGACCAGCGGCGUGGUAGUGGCCAAAUUCUAUUUGUCAAUAAUUGAUGAUGUCAUUGAGAAUACAAGGGAGCUGUUCUUGGAUGAGGGCCUUGAAGACUGCAUCCUGGAUGAUUUACGGAAUCUUUGGGAGACAAAAGUGAUGGCGUCAAAAGCUAUGGACGACUUCAGGAUGAACAAUGACGACUCUCCCAACUUUGUGCUGCAGCUUCCAGCGAACUAUAGCAGCACUGAAACGGAACUCCCAGCUUCGAUAGAAAGCCCCGGAAGAGAAUAUUCACAGAAUAUUCACAAUUUUCCUGUUAAGAACAAUUCUGAGACCGUUACUACAUUCUCACUUCCUGCUGGCCUAUCUUACCCUGUGCAGAUACCCGCUGGAGUCACUCUACAAACGGCUUCUGGUCAACUUUACAAGGUCAACGUUCCUGUUGUAGUCACUCAGGCCCCAGCAGGUCAGCAAACAUUAUCCCAACCGGCACAGAAGGCAACUGAGCAAAGAGAACCUCCUGAUCCUCUGCUGGUUUCAGUCCAACCCAAUGAAACACUACCUCAAGAGGUUUUGCCACCAAAUGAUGUUAUUUUACAUUCUCAGCAAGACCCUACACCAAAGUCCCCACAAACUGAGGUAGCACCCGCUACUCAUCUAUCAUCUGUAUUGACUGCCAACGAGUUAAAUCCUUGUCCAGUGGACUUUGGUGCCAGAACCUUAGGUGUCAGUCAAUUGUUCGACUUCCAGACCGGCAGCGAAGAGGCUUUGACGGAAACCCCUCAAUUUAAGAGCAGCGAUAUCGACGACAUCCUUAAAGAAGUCAUUGCAGAGGAGCGAGAAAAAGCAGCAAGGGCAAGAAACUUGGCUCACAACAAAUCUUACGACCGGCCUGAAGCCAUACUUGGGUUGGAACUGGACUACAACUACAAUGAACUGUCAGAUAUCAUCCAGCUGGAUGGUACGGUGGACAGUUCAGAUCUGGAAGAGGAAGACGUCAUGCCACUACAGGAGAAUGACUUCCUAGGUAUGAUCAACGCAGAGGCUCUUAGGGCAUUGCAGGAAGAAGGGGUGAGCAGUGAUGGAAAUAGCACUUCCUCCACUAGUGACAGCGACGGAGUUGAUGAACUUAAAAAUAUAGAUGAUGAGGAUCCGUUAAAUUCAGGUGAUGAUGUAUUUGAACAAGAUGUCACAGACCUGUUCGAUUCAGAGACUGUCAUAGUUUGCCAAUAUGACAAAAUUCACCGCAGUAAGAAUCGCUGGAAGUUCCACUUGAAAGAUGGAGUCAUGUGUUAUGGUGGAAGGGAUUAUGUGUUCUCUAAAGCUGUUGGGGAAGUAGAAUGGUAAUGUUUUGCUUUUCAUUUUGUUUAGCGUUUAUCCUCUCUCAGCUGACUUUGGGUGAACCUGAGCUGGUUGCCAGACAAUCGCUGAGGCUGCUAUAAUGAUGGAAGAUGAAACAAUAUGAACAGAGGGCGGUGCCAAAUUAGAUAUUUUCUCAUCAUUGUGUUAGCACUUUGGUUUAAUGCCAGUCAUGUUGCCAAUCCUUGUUUGAUUGUUUUUUUCUAAUUCCUGUCGGCAGCAUGCAAUAAACCUUAAAAUUGCUGGUUAGUAUUAAGAUGGGUCUCGAUUUCUACACUCACGAACACAAAUAUUCGGUACACCCAUAGUCGGAAUUUGACUUUU